AUGUGUUCUCCAAGAAGGAUUGUCGCUGUUGUUCUGUUCCUGGGGCUUCUUCGGGACAAUCACUUGUCAGAGCUUAUAUCCAUGGACUUGAUAGCUCUCAUCUCAUCUUUGCAAGGCAGGCACAAGAGGCUACAUCAGCUACUUUCCAAUGCAAUACAUAUUCCACCCCCUUUCUUAAUUCACUUCCAUUACAUGUAUGAAGUUCAUCUCUGGACUUUCAGCUCCUUUUCCCUCUCGCGGGAGCGUGCGUGUUCCAUAUUAUCAGUUACGUUUGGUUUCCGAAUCUGCUCUUAUGAAAGUAACAAGGAAAUAAAGAUGCAAUAA